GGCAGCUGUCACAGUAAGAGCAACAGGAGGGCGUGCUGCAUGCCCAGCACCUCUGGGUGGCUCAGAUCUGCCCUAAAGAGGCCCCGGGUGAAGAGGUGGAUACUGCUCUUCCUGACCUUAGCCAAAGCUUGGCUCCCAAGGACUUUUGGCCGUUUCACAACACCAGAUAUAGACUCCAAGGAUGAAAAUCUGUCUUCACUGAGGUUAAUAAGAAGGCUCUUAGGCAGCCCUCUUAGAAGACUAUGAAGAAUUACUGAGCGGCGGCAGGCCGAGAAUGAGCCUACAGCUCCCUGAGGUGACUACGCAGAGGGCCAGCAGGCAUUUGGAUGUGUAGGUUCUGUGCUUUAUUUUCAAAACCGUCCUUGCUUUACAACCACACAGCACAGAGGAAUGCAACCAAUGGCUGGACACAAACCAAUGGAUCAGGCAACCCCUGGGCAGGGAGACUGAGGAACAGCAGAGGCUUGUAUGGGAAACAGCCACUCAGGACACAGGCCCACACUGGGGCCUGGACUGAGGCUGGGGGAGCAUCUACUCAACCACCUGCUUCCCCCCCAGGAACUGGGUCUGCCUGCCUUCACUUCCUGCAAGGAAGCAGGAAGAGCUAAGGCCCCGUCUCCCUGCAGCAGCCAUGUCAGAAGGGGCGAGUAAGGACAGCGCAGGCAGCGAAUGCCCCGUGUGCUAUGAGAAGUUCCGUGAUCUGGAGGGCGCCAGCCGGACACUGAGCUGUGGCCAUGUCUUCUGCCAUGACUGUCUUGUCAAGUACCUACUCUCCACCCGAGUGGAUGGGCAGGUCCAGAGGACCAUCGUCUGCCCCAUCUGCCGCUAUGUCACCUUCCUCAGCAAGAAGAGCUCCCGCUGGCCCUCCAUGCUGGACAAGAGCUCCCAGACCCUGGCUGUGCCUGUGGGCCUGCCCUCUGGGCCACCGACAAGCACCCUAGGCCACACAAACCCCCUGGCUGUCUCCCAGCCUGUCUGGAGAACCUCCCUGAGUCAGAGCACCCAGCUCCCCCUGGACUCACUGCCCAGCCUGGCCCGGGAGCCUCAGAUCUUCAUCAUCAGCCGCCACGGGAUGCCCCUCGGGGAACAGGACAGUGUCCUGCCACGGCGCAGCCUGGCGGAGCUCUCUGAGGUGUCACCAGCACCCAGCUCCACCCGGUCAUUCUGCUGCCGUUCCCGCGCCCUCCUUCUCAUCACCCUCAUUGCCGUGGUGGCGGUGGUAGCUGCCAUCUUGCCCUGGGUGCUGCUGGUGAGGAAGCAGGCAUGAGUUGUGGCCGCCAAGGGCCAGCCAGCAAGACCUAGCUUGGAGCUGCUCUGGAAACUGCCCCACUUCACCCCACAGGGCUGUCCUGGCCUGGGUGGGAGCAGAGGCCCCCAGUGCAGACCUAGGCUAACCAACCUGAGGGAUGAGUGGGCACAGGGGAGGCCUGGGGCAGAGAGAGGGCAUUAGGAUAGUGCUAGCUGAAAGUAUGGUGGCAUGUCCUCACCUCCAGCUGCUUGCUCCCAGCAGGGAUUCAGGCAUGACAGGGAAGCUGGGGGCUGGUGACCUUGGAGGCUAGGGCUCGGCUGAGUACCUGACCUCUAGACUGAGAUGGGAACUCCAGGCUCUAGGCCAGGGUCAAAAAUGUGGAGGAAGCUGCUCCUCAGAAACAACAGCUGUGCCACCCACCACCUCCUGUAGCCUCAGCAGAUACUUUCCCCUACCUCUAGGCUGGAACUGAGCAAGGUGGGAAGAUGGGCGGUUGCCCGUUCCUGUGUUGGGGGUCGCCAGCCCUGAAGUGUAGUCCUUAUCUGCCAGGUGACCUACCUGAAGCCAGGUGGGGCUCCUUUGUGGGGACUAGGAAUUCUGCUGGGUGGGGGCCCAACGGCAGGACUCCUCUGGGUCAGAAUGCCCACCCAGGAUUCUCUAGUUUGUUCUCACAAACAGAAGGGGUGGCACAAGGGCCAAAAGCACGCGUGUUUCCCAGAAUCUCAGCACCCACCCAUGAUCCUCACAGCUGAGCCACUGUGCACCCUCCCACCCCUAAGUCCUUCCUGCCCCCAAAUCCUCCCCAUCCCCAAAUUGCCAGCCUGGAAGGGGUACCUCCUCAAAGAAGGUGCUGAUCUCAGAGCUGUGGCCCCGGAUUUCUGGAGGAAGUAAUAGAAAAGGGUCUUCCCGGGGAGCUGAGGCCAAUUCAAGCCACAGGGGUGUGUUGACAGAGGCCGAAGCCAGCAGAAUGACCCACAAACACAGCCAGAGUUCUCCUCAAGCCUCCCAGGCCCAAGGAAUGGUCCAAAUUUUGAGUCUUGGCUUGUCAAGGAUGGAUCGGAAGGAAGGUGGGGAGUCCAGGAGAAGCCUAAUGGUCGAGACUUGAAUCAGCUGAGAACUAUGUGGGCAAUUAACCCCUGGGGGCUCCCACCUCCCUCCCAGCCCCAGUCCUCCUCCUCAUGACCCAAGCACUCAUUAGAGGCCACACCAGCUGGGCCAGUUUCUGAGGUGGCUCCUCAGGCGGGGCUGGGUAAGGAAGGGUGGGGAAGAAAACAGCUGUGCUCGUCAGGGAUACUACCGUCUCCACAAACCCUGAAACCCAGGUGCUGUCACACACUGGGCAAGGCCUCCACACCCGGGGACCCCACCCUGGACUGUGCUGGGGGCAAGUCAUUCAGGAACAACUAUUUUAUGUUUACUAAGGCCCCUAAGUCAGUGGGUCAUCAUCUUAAAUUAACUUUACGGUUAAAAACAAAAAAACCCUCCAGCCAUUCUUUCAAAUAGGUGGUUGUUAGCAGUCCAGGUGAGCCAACAGCUGAGCCCUCCACAACCUGUACCUCUCUGCUGGCAGUGUGCUACCGCAGGGAAAGAAAUAACACUCACCUCCCGUUUAGUUCCCAGACUCCGAAGUGGCUGGCAUUUGGGAACCAUUAAGCAGUGGGGUCCAUGCAGCAGGGAUUAUUCGGGACUCGGGGAGGGUGGGUUUAAAGCAUACGUGGAUCUCUUCGUGCUCUCUUCAAGACUAGAGAAGAGCACAAGUGCUACUUGGGGGGCUACAGGUGGGUUCAUGGGGGAAAUAUUUAUAAUGGGAAUAAAAAUGUUAACUUUA